AACCAGAUAGGAAAUCAGCUCAAAAGCGCGCAGGCGCAAAGAAAAAAACAGAUGCCCUUGUUCCCCACCGAAGAGGUGAGGUGUGCACCAUAGAGGCACCCCACAUCGACGGGCUUCCAAGCGCUGUCUGGUUUCUGGAGACGCCGGUUGAAUGCAGCUAUGUUAUGCGCAUCAUCAACGCCAGCAAACGGUCUGAGCAGCACGGAUAAGGAAGCGAGAUACACCAGCUCCUCUUUUCCGGCCCUCAUUAUUUUAUCCCAAGUAGAAAUUAAGUGGUGAAGAGUGUCGGGCAAAUAUCUGGGAGACAAGGCUUCGAACCCCCAGUCGUGCUCUCCAGUUUGCUGAAAAACCCCUUGGCGACCUUCAAUUUAUAUGCGCGGCCUCUAUGGUAAGGCGCGCAAUGCCUCUCUAGGACAGAAUUGGAGGACCCACUGAAAAUGGUCCCGCUAGUUCCGGUUCCGGUUCCGCCAUCUUGCCGUGAUACAGCAGUGGUAAAGGGAGACUCGGAGAGUGGUCGAUUCUUGGAGCGACGAUGCUGUCAACAGCCGGCUGUGUUGAAUCUGCUUUCGGGCUGGGGCGUGAGGUUGUAGGGGGUCCCGUCACACGGCACCGCUUCUCUCCAUACACUUUCAAUGGCGGAACUGUGUUGGCAAUUGCUGGUGAAGACUUCUCUAUUGUUGCUUCAGACACUCGGCUGAGUGAAGACUAUGCAGUUCAUACCCGGGACAGCCCAAAAUGCUACAAACUGACAGAGAAAACAGUCAUUGGUUGCAGUGGAUUUCAUGGAGACUGUCUUACUCUUACUAAAAUUCUUGAAGCAAGAUUAAAGAUGUACAAACAUUCCAAUAACAAGACUAUGAGUUCAGGAGCUAUUGCAGCCAUGCUCUCUACAAUUCUCUACUCACGACGCUUCUUUCCUUACUAUGUUUACAACAUAAUUGGUGGACUGGAUGAAGAAGGGAAAGGUGCUGUGUACAGUUUUGACCCAGUAGGUUCCUACCAGAGAGACACUUUCAAAGCUGGUGGAUCAGCUAGUGCUAUGUUGCAGCCUCUGCUGGACAACCAGGUUGGCUUCAAGAACAUGCAAAACGUGAAGCAGGUGCCUUUGUCUCUGGAAAAGGCUUUGCAGCUGGUAAAGGAUGUCUUCAUUUCUGCAGCAGAAAGAGAUGUAUAUACUGGGGAUGCACUGAAAAUCUGCAUCAUCACAAAAGAUGGGAUUAAAGAAGAAACUGUUCCAUUACGAAGAGACUAAACCUGCGCUUAGUUCAGUUAAAGCCUUCAAUGUGUAAUCUUAAUUUUUAUGCAUGAUGACAGUUGCUGUAUUAAAAAGGAACAAAUUUGUCUUUCA